CCACAACUGACUGUCUUCGCUGCCAGACAAAACUGCCACACCCAAUAAUGUUUCUUUGACUGACCUUUCUUCUGUCAGAGAAACUCUCUCUCUCUCUCUCUCAUGUUCUUUUGCUCUGCUCAGCCUUACCAACUUAUCCUUGGUCCCUAAAACAAACAUCUGGGUGUCAUCUCUUUUAUCUUUAUAUUUUUACCUCUUUGUUUCCUUGCCUUUCUCCUCUCAUAUCUCACUUUCAAGUUCCCUUUGUUUUCUCUUCAACAAUCUUCAUUUUUUCAUAACGAUUUAAGACCAGUGUUCUAUAAAAAGCUAACGGCCUUAGCUUCAGAAGCGAGUACAUGAGUAUCUUGUUUUUUUUACUUCAUUAAAACCCCUCACAUUUAUUACAUGAGAGAUACAAACAAACAAGAGAGAAAGAGUAAUAAACAGAGAGGUCUCAACUUUCUAAUGGAGAGGAUUCAAGGACAAAAUAAGCUCUGUGUAAUGUAACUUACCUCAGUUUGGAACGUUUUUCAUUCAUUUAUUUUUUCUUUUCAACUAUUUGAGUCUAUAAUCAAAGAUAUGGACAUGCAUUUACUCCUUUCCCAGAUGAGUUACAUUCAAUGCUUUAGAUGUUAACACUAACAAAUCUGCUCUCAGCUGUUUACCUUUCUUUGCAACAUUCCAUUUUUCAUUCUAGUUUUGUUUCUCUACUACACUGACCCACUCACCAAACCACCCACAGUAGAUGAAUAACCAAAUUUCACUUGUUUCUUUAUUCUCUCUCACUCACUUGGUAGGUACCUCCUUCCUCUGUUUUCUUUUUUUUUCUUUCUUUCUUUUUCUUGCAGUUGAUGGAUCAAAAAGUGAAUGUAAGAAGAAGCCUACAAGUUCAAGUAUCUCCGGAGGAUCAAAGCUUUCCUCUUGAGGAAGAUCAACACUCAACUCUGACCUUGCAAGGUACAAGAACUCCAUAUCUACUACAAAUGCUGCAAGAUCCUUCUUCGGUUUUGUCCUUCAGAGACCCAAACAUUCUAGGAAACUAUCUCCCCUAUGAAGUUCCAGAGACUUAUUCACCGAUCCACUCAGAAACCAACCACUUCUAUCAGAACCCAUUUUUAGAAAGAACCAAUGAAGACAUCUCAAGUCAAGAAUUUCAGAUAAACCCAGUAGGGAAUGCUCAUUCGAGACGCAAGCGCAGAAACAACAACUUGGAGACAUCGAUGAGCAGAGAAAAGAGAAAGAGAAGGAGAAACAAACCAACGAAAAACAGAGAAGAGAUGGAGAGUCAGAGAAUGACGCACAUUGAGGUUGAACGCAACCGCAGACGUCAAAUGAACGUUCAUCUCAACUCACUCCGCUCUCUCAUUCCAUCUUCCUACAUCCUCAGGGGAGACCAAGCGUCAAUAGUAGGAGGAGCUAUAGACUUCCUGAAGAUCCUCGAGCAACACUUGCAAUCACUUGAAGCGCAAAAGAUGACUCAACAAACUAGUAAACUAAAAAUCUAUGCAACGGUGAUAGAGAGGCACGUGAAUCUCAACAUCCAAUGCCAGAGGAAACGAGGAGAACUUCUCAGAUCAAUCAUUUUGCUAGAGAAACUUGGAUUCACAGUUCUUCAUCUCAACCUCACAUCUCCUUGCAAUGCAUCUGUCUCUUAUUCCUUCAACCUCAAGAUGGAAGAGGAAUGCAACUUGGGAACAGCAGAUGAGAUAACGGAGGCGGUUCGUCAGAUUUUCGACUGCUGAUUAUUAGAAGCACGUAAUGACUAUAAGUUCGUUUUUGUUGGUAUGUAACUGGGAGACUGCUCCUCGGCAUUGUCAUUUUGACUUUUGUUUAAGGGUGUUCUACAGAUUUGGGCCCCACCUGAUCAAGUUUGACUUUUGUGUCAAUCAAUAAGAUA